AUGAACGCCACCACCUUCAACCGCACGGACGUCAGCUUGUUCAACAGGACGGAGGGCAUCCUUUGCUGCAACCUGUCAUCGGUGGUGACCGACGAAGGCUUGGCGGCCGCCUCCCCGGAUGAAAGAAGCCUGUUCGUCAUGCGGGUGGUGCAGAUUGCCGUCAUGUGCGUGCUGUCUCUCACUGUGGUCUUUGGCAUCUUCUUCCUGGGCUGCAACCUGCUCAUCAAGUCUGAGGGCAUGAUCAACUUCUUGGUGACUGAUAGGAGGCCGUCUAAAGAAGCCGAGGCGGUCAUUGUUGGAGCUUAUUGA